UUUGAACAAAAAAUGGCGGUCCGCUAGCAGCGGUUGUUUUGAUGAAAUUCAGCGGCGGCUUAUGUUUGACAUUGCAUUUUCAACAGUGUCAGGUAUCCUUGUUUUCAUGCCCCCAACAAAUCAACGAUGUCAGCAGAAAAGGAGAGAAGAUACCAGGAACUCUACAAGAAUCGCUUUGUGAAUCCCAUUGAUCAAGGCAUUGGCAGACGUACAGGAUGGGUGCUUAACAAGGAGGUGCGUAAGGACAGUGAAGGCUUUGAGUUAUUUGAUGACUACUGGUCAGAUUCUGGUGAGGAGAGUGUUGAUGACUUGUCCCUUCAUGCCAACAAAGAAAAUAAAGGGAGACCGUACAAGCUGAGUUCUCCCAUUAAGCACAUGCCAGACUUUACUCCGAGUUCUCGGGCCAGCACAGAUGUGGAACCCCUGUCUGAUGUUGUCUCCAAAACAGUCACUUCAAAUUCCACUCUGACCAAAGCUUCAAAUAAUCUUUCAAAGAUUGCCAAGUCAGUUAAAGCGGAUCAGGCUAAAACUAACGAAGAGCCCUUGGCUAUAGAGAGGGAGAAUGGCAUAACCAGGGAGGAAGGUGAUGCUGGAGAUGAAGUGACAACACCAGGCCGAGAGGAAGGCGGUAUUCAAGAGUCAGACAUCACUGGAAGCAUUAUUAAAGGAGGAAAUUCUUUCCAGGUUCCCAACUCUGCACUUCAGGAGUUCAAGACCAAGACAAGGUUAAGCUUUGGUAAUGACGUUGACGAUACACCAAAAAGGAGAUCCACAAAUGGAACAUCAUCAAGAGCAGUCGGGAGUCAAAGCGAUGACGAGAGUGUCUCAUCGGAUACCACCUUGAAAGGAUCUCAGUCUGAUGUGAACUCGGACGGCAUUGGCACAGAUAGAGAAGUUUCAGCAGCAGAAGCAGAGCUUGGGACCACGGAGAAGACAAACCAAUCUGUUGUGGAAAUAACUUCAGAUGAAGAACUGUCAGACAAGGUCUCAUCAGUACAAGUACCAGAACAGGAAAUAACUGCUCAAACAGCCACAGGCGCCCCGAAACAGAAAUCGGUGAGGAAAGGUAGGAGUACAGGAUCAAGUAUCUCAGAACAGCAAACAACCACCAAUGGUCACCAAGAGACAACAGGUACUACAAGAUCAAGGAGAAAGAAACAAAGUGUCAUGCCUGUGGAGGAUGAUCUAAUGUCAGCAGAUGAAGGGAUGUUUAUAUCACUCCACAAACCAUCAGCCAGUCAGCAGGAUAGAAGUGAAGUGACGGUGGCUGAUAUGAUCCAGAGGCCCCUCAGUGAUCAGUCAUUCCAUGAUGCUGAUGAUGAAGAAAUGCUGGAAAUCGUAGAUUAUGAUCACUCCUACAGGUCCACCUUGAAUGCUUUGAAAAGAGCCAUGAGACAAUCAGACUCUAGCAAAGCAGUGAAAUCCGUGUCUAAGACGCAGAGUCGGAGAGGAAGACAGAAGAAGACAGACAAACAAGAGGGAUCGGACAAGGACAUUGUCGACCAAACAUCUGAUCAAGACGUGCCAAGUUCAAACAAGGAAAUUACUGAAACUGCAGGACAGUCCCUUAAUGGUGUAUCCAGUGAAGGCAGUGGAGCAGAUGUUGAGAAGUCAAAACAGGUGCAAGCAUCAAAGACAUCACGGUCAAGGAAGUCUGCAGCUAGGAAUAGUUCUCUUAAGGCAGUCCGAAGCAGCACUAAUGGUGAGGUGGAGUUCAGUACUACUGGCUCCGACACUGAUGCUUCUAAAAGAAAUCGGUCCAAGAGAAGACUGACCAAGACAUCCCAGAAGACUUCCAGAUCUGAUGCAGAUGGUAACGAGAGAGGCUCAACAAGAACAGAUGAAGAUGACGGUAGAAGGAAGAGCAGACGAAAGAAGCCUAGAACAGUGGACGCUGGCAAUAAGGCAGAAAAGAGCAACAAAGCCACAGACUCGGUCGUUGAGGAUAAUACCAAGACUAGCAGGAGAAGAAAAAGGUCUGUGAGAGGACAGAACUCCACUGACAGUAAGACUGAUGAGGAAAACGGGCCUGUUGCUGAUGCUGAAAAUUUAGAGGAGAGUGAUCAGAAAGGAGCUCAAUCAAACACAGACCAGGCAAAAGUCUCCUCAUUCAAGCAGCCACCUGCAGUAUCAUCCAGGAAAUCGGUACAGAAGAAGCGUACCAGUGUUCACUUCAGCAAUGUGGAGGUCAUCUCUGAUGACGUCUUAUCACCCACAGCAGGAAAUGAACCCGUUGCAGAGAAAGAAGCUAUCAACUCCUCGCCUCCUAAACAAACUCUUGAUACAGCUUUAGAUGGCAGCUCUCCAAGAAAGAAAUUUAAAAGGACUCCGGGAGUAAAGCUUGUUCAAAGGCGCUCUACCAACAGAAGAUCAAAAGAUGGUGAGGAAAAACCUGACAAGAUGCCUCAAAAGAGGACAACUGAGAAUGUCCGAGAAGCUGUGAGCCCUAAGAGGCAGCGUGGGUCAUCGUCAUCAUCUGUGGUCAGGGGAGGCAGAAAGAGGGGAGGCAAGAGGAAGCUUUACUCUGGUGACCUUCCCAGCAGCUUCCUCAUUGACCCGUCGGUAAAUGAUGCACCCUCUGCAGCAAGCAUCAUGAAUGCUGACCCUAAGACAGCUGAAGACACAGACAAUUCUGUCGGAGCUAAACAAGAAAACCAGACUCAAGAAGCUCCUGUGGGUGCACCUAUUCAGGGGCGAGGUAAGGGUAGGGGUAGAGGACAAGGACGGCGGAAAGGCAGAGGUAAUACAAGGGGAAGAGGCGGCGUGAGGAAGACACAACCUACCAGAGAGGCUGCUCAAGACAUUCAAGUCUCUAUUCCCUCCUCAGUACCAGACGACAUAGUUCUGAAUUUUCUAACCAAGUAUGAGAGUGGUAAGGAGAGUGAAUCCACAGACUCUGAUGGUGGACCUACCACCAUGGGAGUGACGGAGUCAUCUCAAUCGGACAUGACUGAUGCCACAAGCUCCACUGCUACACCAGCAGCCAUGUGUACUACAGUGUAUCCUGAACCGACACCACGGUCCAUUCUGAAGGGAUCAGCUGCAGCGGGCAUCGAUGCUCGCAAGAAGAAUCUUACACUACAGUUCUUUGAAGUACCAAAACAAAAGCCAAUCAUAGUGCCACCAGAUGACACGGAGAACGGCCCACGACGAACCAGGCGUAACCGGGUGAGGCCAGUAGAGUAUUGGCGCAAUGAGAGAGCCGAAUAUCAGCGCAGGAAGUCAGGAGGAUUCGUGCUGGUUGGGGUACAGUCACCUGAGGGAUCUAGUCCAGACGUUCAAACUCAACGAGGCAGGAAAAAAGCUCAGGGACCAAAAAAACUGAUGCAGACACCGGCUAACCUGUCCAUGCAUGUAAGCCCACCCCCUGGCAGUAAGAUAGUAGAACACCCAGCAAUGGUUGUCAUGAACCCUGACACGCAGCAAGAAGUUGAAGUGGAUACUUUGCGGACAGCCAAGAUGAAUGUUUUUGUUGGACCUAGUGGUAAGGAGGCGACACCAGAUGACCCAAUCACCUUGUGCAAGGCAAUCUCACAAAAAGCAUUCUCCUCAGGAAUUCUGACCAUCAGGCCACUCAGUGAGAAAGGUAUGCAGUUUGUACGGAAUGAUACCAUGGUGUUCUACAUAACACGAGGCAAAGUCUCUGUGACCAUACAUCACACUACAAGCAUCCUUCAGAAUGGAGACAUGUUCUUUGUACCUCAAGGUAACAUGUACAACAUCAAGAAUCUUAGACGUGAUGAGGCCAAGCUUGUGUUCUUCCAGCACAAAGGCCGCUGAGGUCCAGCAACCAGUCCUAACAUCGCUCACAGAUAAAUCAAUUCACUCUAUUUUCUUCCCAGUUACUUUAACACUUGUAUCAGUCAAAUUCCAUAGAAAAUUAAUUCAAUUUCAUUCCAGAAUUUCGUUUGGCUCCACUGCAGAUUUCAAUUUCCAAUCUGCAACAUUACAUUUCAUUUUUGAUGCAGUUUAAUUUACGAAUGUAGCAUUCUUAUUCGUCCUUGUUUUGGGGAAAUUCGUCUCAUGAGGAGAUUGAUGUUGAAUCAAAGCUAAUGUGUUUUCUAGCAUUCAUUUAAAUGCUGCGGUCAUUCAAUUUCAUUAGCGGCAAGCUGAAACAUUAGGGUCAGAUAUGUUUUUGGUCUGUUUGACUUUUUCAAACUGAUUAAGUAAAUUUAUGAACUAUUUCCACUCUUCUUUUUGUGAUUCAGUUUAAAAAGGGGUAAUAUAGCAUUGUAAAUUUAUGUAAAGUUGAUCAUGGAAAUCAGGCAUAAAAUGCAUAAAUCAUUUUACUUGGAUUCUCUAGGUCCUUGAAUUAAGGGGCAAACAGAUAUGAAUGUCUUCAUUUAUGUAUUCAUCUCAUUACAAGGGACAAUGAAAUCACACAUGAACCUAUAAACAACUUCAAAGUGUCAUAAUUGCAAUCCUUUGGUCUCCUCCCUUGCCACCCGAGGAAUGCACAGACUGAAUAUUAAUGACCAAAGCUUGAAAAUGCUAACAAACAAAUAUAGCUUUUCAGUUCAAUGGCAAUCUCCAGAUGAGACCAAUUUCUCAACAUCUGGAUGAAUUAGAAUGCUACAUUUGCGAAUUACACUGCACCAAAUAUGAAAUCGACUGGUGUAAAUUCAGAAUCAGAAAAAUGGAGCCCAACGACGAAAUGAAAUGAAGUCUGUCCAUGGAAUUUGAAUGAUACAAGUGUUUUAAGUAACUGGGAAAACCUGUUUUUCCUCGGAAACUUCAAACAAUAGUGCCUUCACAUGAUUUACUUACAAGGAACUCAGAUGAAAAUCUUCUGUUGGCCUCAUGAUCAUUAACACUGAACAAGCCCAGGCCAUUUUUUAAAGGGACACUUCGUCCUGGAAAGUGCCCAAUUGGGCUACAAAAUGCGUUUUAAACAAAGUGGUAUUAAGUGGAGAGAGUAUCUAAAGGUCGAAUAUAUAAACGUGCACACAACCAUCCUGCCAUUUUGUGUUAUUCCUGCGAAAACAAAUUUCAGGGGUCAGAAUUUUGACUCUCAAAAAUCGAGCUGUUUGGGUGCUAGUCUUAAUUCCAGUCACGUGUUCCCGGCGCAUCACAUGCUGCGGACGUGCGGGAAACAACCUGUGCAUUGGUGUCGUGUGUACUUGUAUAAUGUGUGGACACACACACACGACAUGUACCGCACAUUGAAUUGUCUGACAGGUAGUUGGCGGCAACGUCCAAGAAAGAGACUGAUAUUUACGGCUAGAAGUACGUAUGCGUAUGCCACAAAAUGUCCGCCAUGUCAGAAGUAAACAACCAGGGUUUUUUCCCUGUCUUGUCUAGGAAACAGUGCGACAUUGAGUUAGUCCUUUCAACCAGACCAGAAUAGGAUAAGUAAACAGUGUUAAAUAUAAACAUUUCAGGACGAUGAGACCAUUCAACUGAGAAUUGUACGAAUAUAUUUUAGUUUGCAUAAUCUACAUGUAUAUAGUGUGCCUUUGAAUGGGUGUGUUGGUCUGUGCCCUGGAAAAUGUGGGUUCAGAUUUCUCUAUUACAGACUUUGUUUUAUUCUUUACAAAUUCCAGAUGCAUUGAAAAUACAGUACUACAUGUCGGCCUAGAACUUAAGCCAAGGACCAAAUACUUAUGUAAUGAAUCCAGUGUGCCUUAAUAGCUUAGACAUUUGAAUAUGUGUAUCAUCCAUAGAAUUGGUUGAAAUCACCAUUUGGAAUCAAACUUGUACAUUUGUAAAGUAGCAUUUGAAAAGAAUAGUUUUGUAUGAUUGAUUAUAGACCAAUCCGGGCACACUGUCAAUUCUAUCACGGAGGCCCCCGUCAAUGGCGAAAGCAUUGCGCUAGCUAUUGUUUAGAUAAUCUGUCAGUAGCUUAAGUUAGUGUACAGUGAUCACGCGCCCGGAUUCGUCUGCAUCUUGAGAGUCUGUUGGGAGUAACUAUAGCAACAGAGGUCUGACUUUGAUUGGCACAACAUCCAGUCAAGUCAUUAUUCAUCGCACUUGUAUUCUUCUGAAAUAAUUGAAUACAAAAUUAACAAAUAUUCAUUUUUCAUCAAAGCACUAGAGUUUUAAUAGGCCACAUUCAACAACUGACCAAACAAAAACAAAACAAAAAAGGGAGUGUUGAUUACAAAUUCACUGUGACUUUUAAAAGAUAACCUUCCUAUUUUAAAUAAAUAUCAAUUUUAUUAGUUUUUAAAUUAUUGAUGAAGGUCAUUUGGUGGAUGUAUACAUAAGUAGAAGUCCUUUCAAUAUUUAACGUCACUUGAGAAUUAACCAAUUUGUAUCAUAUUUUGGCAGUGAAGCCAAUUAACAAUGGUUUGUCAAGUUUGAACAAAAAUACCAUUGCUUUGGUCAUGGAAAUACAUCUAACCAACUUGG